AGUCGUGAGACCGCGUGGUAACAGGAAGGUAUGUGGUGUUGUACUGAGUGACAGCUGGAUAACUUAACGUGGGAUCCUGUUAUCAGCAGACGAAAGUACGUAAGCACGCAUGGGCGAUAUACUGUAACCUUAAGCAACCUCCGACAUUGCAAAAAUGGAAAUCGGUGUCCGGAUCGUCGGGUUCCUCCAGAAGAUUAUACAAUGGCUGACCCUACCUUUCUACUUCAUGUGGUCACUGCAAAGCGUAAAGACACUGCCACCAAUUAAAGAUCCCAUUUUGUUGCAGAGCGCCUCAACAUUAGCCAAGAAAAUCAGAAAAGGCCAACUGAGCAGUGAGGAUGUUGUACGAGCAUACAUCGCAAGAAUAAAAGAAGUGAAUCCUUACCUCAAUGCUGUUGUGGAAGACCGCUAUGCAGAUGCCCUCCGAGAAGCUCAAGAAGUUGACAGACUUACAGCUUCACACUGUAAAACAGAGCAAGAAAUUGAAAAAGAAACACCAUUACUUGGAGUCCCAUUCACUGUGAAGGAGAGCUGUGGUGUCAGAGGAAUGAGCCAAUGUGUAGGUUCCUUGCCAAGGCGUGGAAUCAAGGCUGAUAAAGAUGGAGAGGCAGUGAAACUAAUUAGAAAAGCUGGUGCUAUUCCUUUGUUGGUAUCAAACACUCCAGAAUUAUGUCUCAGCCUGGAAACGACUAAUCUGGUCACUGGAAGGACACUGAAUCCUUAUAAUCCCUUGAGAACCUCGGGAGGUUCUUCAGGUGGUGAGGCUGCAUUAAUAGGUGCAGGUGCAUCAGUGAUUGGUGUAGCUUCUGAUGUGGCUGGUUCUAUCCGUGUACCAGCAAUGUACAAUGGUAUCUUCGGUCACAAACCAACUCCAGGUUAUGUGUCUAUUGAUGGCCACUUCCCAUAUGCAACAGAUAUAGACUUCCAGAAGUAUCUUGUGGUAGGGCCAAUUGCUCGAUAUGCCAAAGAUCUUAAACCCAUGAUGUCUGUUAUGGCAGGAGAUAAGGCUUCCAGACUUAAAUUAUAUGAGAAGGUGGAUCUUCAUAAUUUGAAGGUGUUUUAUAUGACUGAAGCAGGAAAAUCUCUGGCCUUGUUGCCUGUAGAACAAGACAUCAAAGAUGCCAUCCACACAGUCACAAAACACCUUAAUAGAAAGUAUGGUAUGCCAGCAACAGGGGGAAAUUUCAAAGAAAUGGAAGUUUCCGCAGAAACAAGCAUUUCAGUCUUUUUUGGAUUGCAAGGAAUACCAAAUGCAUUAGAAGAUUCUGAGAACCCCAAGGGGUCACAUAGCUUGUUCCUGGAAAUACUGAAGGCAUUAAUUGGUGCAUCAAAGUACUCAUUUUCCCUCUUAAUGUUUUAUGUGCUGCAAGUCACAAAUGUAUUCAUUCCAAAGUGGAAGUACAAAUAUUAUUAUGAUCAGAAUGAAGCUCUAAAGAAAAAAUUUACAGAUAUUCUUGGUGACAAUGGCAUAUUCUUAUACCCAACACAUCCUACUGCUGCCUAUUACCAUAAUGAAAUGUUCACAAAAACUGCUGGAAUCAUGUAUGCAAUGAUAUUUAAUGUAUUGGGAUUACCAUCAACACAUGUUCCUCUUGGAUUCAAUAAGGAAGGCAUGCCUAUAGGUAUUCAGAUAGUAGCAGCCCCCAGUCAAGAUAGGCUAUGUCUUGCAGUUGCAGAAGCUCUGGAGAAAGAUCUGGGUGGCUGGAUACCUCCCACAGCACAGCCCUCUGGAAAAUACAACUAAGUGAAUGAAACAAAAUGACUGUAAUUUGACUGCAUUUAGUUAUACACAAAGUUAAUGCAUACAAUGGGCUUUGCUUUUCAUGUAGAGAGAGCAUAUGUUUGAUAUGUGACAUAGGGAAGUGAUAAAAGUUGUGACUUUGUGUACGCUUUCACAAAGUAGCAGACAUUAUUAAUUUAUGUUACAAUUAUGGCUGUGGUUGCAAAUAAACUUGAAAGUGUUUAUUUUGUUUAAAAUUUAUCUCUAAUCCAUAGGCUAAUUUAAAUAGAUUUUGUGGCCUAAUCUUCAGUGAAGGACAUACGGAACAUUUCCAAAGAAGAUAAAAUAUGAUACACUUCUGAAAAACAUUAACACUGAAGACAUAAGGCUGUUGAAAAUACAUACAUCCUUCCCAUUUAGAAACCCAAAUCAAGAACGUAUUAAAAAUUUAAAUCCUCUUGUUUAAAUAUACUAUUCAAUACUGGGUACUGUACCACUUAGAUAUUACAUUAUCAAUUUCAACAUGAAUGUAAAUUGCAGAAUAAAUAUAAUUAUUAUAAAAGGUU